CUCAAACUUAUCCGCUGCUGUACAUCAUAGACGGCACACUGCUGUCUUCAGUUGUUUCAGGAACAACAGAAAGUGCACUCACUUGGAGUAAUCUGAAUUCAAAAUGCUGAAGAGAAAACCAUCAAAUGUUUCAGAGAAGGAGAAACAUCAAAAACCAAAGCGCAGCAGCAGUUUUGGGAAUUUUGAUCGUUUUCGGAAUAAUUCCAUAUCAAAACCAGAUGAUUCAGCUGAGGUAUGUGAAGGGGAACCCAUAAAUGAAAGUGGAGAACAAAAUAAGAUGUCAAAUAAUGGAGGAAGUUUAGGUAAAAAAAUGAGAGCUAUUUCCUGGACAAUGAAGAAAAAAGUGGGUAAAAAGUACAUCAAAGCCCUUUCUGAGGAAAAGGAUGAGGAAAAUCGAGAGGAUGCCCUCCCAUAUCGGAACAGUGACCCUGUGAUUGGGACACACACAGAGAAAAUCUCCCUCAAAGCCAGUGACUCCAUGGACAGUCUCUACAGUGGGCAGAGCUCAUCAAGUGGAAUAACAAGCUGUUCAGAUGGUACAAGUAACCGGGACAGCUUUCGACUCGAUGAUGAUAGCCCAUACUCCGGACCCUUCUGCGGCCGUGCCAGAGUGCACACCGAUUUCACACCAAGCCCCUAUGACACUGACUCCCUCAAAAUCAAGAAAGGAGACAUCAUAGACAUUAUCUGCAAAACGCCAAUGGGGAUGUGGACAGGAAUGCUGAACAAUAAAGUGGGAAACUUCAAAUUUAUUUAUGUGGAUGUCAUCUCAGAAGAGGAAGUAGCCCCCAAGAAAAUAAAGGCACAUCGAAGAAGUGAAAGGGAAAAACCCAAGACUCUGCAGGAGUUCUUAGAGAGGAUUCAGCUUCAGGAAUACACCUCAACACUUUUGCUCAACGGUUAUGAGACCCUAGAAGAUUUAAAGGAUAUAAAAGAGAGUCACCUCAUUGAAUUAAACAUUAAAAACCCAGAAGACAGGAUGAGGUUACUAUCAGCUGCUGAAAAUCUCCUCGAUGACGAAACUAUUCAGGAGGAAGAAAAUGAAUCUGUGCCCCUAUCCUUAAGCCCAGACAUCUCCUUAAAUAAGUCACAGUUAGAUGACUGCCCAAGAGACUCUGGUUGUUAUAUCUCAUCAGAAAAUUCAGAUAAUGGCAAAGAAGAUCUGGAGUCUGAAAAUCUGUCUGACAUGGUACAGAAGAUUACGAUCACAGAGCCAAGUGACUGAACACACAUUCUCUGUAUCUACAGAAGCAUUCCAUUUUAACUCUUCUUGAGCUAAAAGAUCAAAUAGCAGAGGAAGAGAAGUAUUUGUAGAUACAACCUAAAGUUAAAACGUUUUAAUCUGAAUGACUGCACAUAAAAGUUCGUAUCUCUAACAUUCUCAAUUAUUGUAAAUAAUAUGUAUAUUUAUUAUUUUAAAUGCUGCAUGUUAAUAUCUCACUUACCUAUAUUAGAAAAAGUAUAUGUAAGUCUUUGUUAUGUGUGACAUAAGCUUUUUUUGGCUUUCUUUUAGAAGUGCAAAAUGAUAAAUUCUACAAAAAAAAAAAGAAAACCUACGUUUUUCAUACCUGUAAGUUUUAAUUUGUGUAUAUGAUUGAAUGAAUAGUAAUGGAGCAUGUGUCUGCUUAACCAGUUGUCCAACCAGCAUUUACACUUAUUUUUAUACUUACUGGAAUAGUAUGAGUUCAUAUUGGAGACAUGUUAUCCUGAUCCACAGUGGAGUGUUAGUAAUGAUUUUUUGUUGAUUUCUUCACUGUUAUCUCGUAUAAAAAUAUAGAUAAUAUAUUGUCAAUCAUGAUUUAGUAAAACUAAUUUUAAUAAUUGUACAGAUGUUUCAUCUUUAAAUGUAAAUAUUUUUAAUUGUGAAAUACCUUAAUUUUAAUAAUAAAAAGAACCAUGUGCAU